AUGACUCCUGUGGCUGAGGUUCCCGCCGGCGACCGCGCGCCGGCGGUCUUGGGGGCGCAUCCGGGCUCCCGGGGAGGCCGCGCUUUGAGUCUCCAGGGCCUCCUCCCGCCGCUGCCGCCCCGGAGAAGCACUGGGCCCGCGGUUGCAUGCCGGCCUCGCGCUCUACGGCCCACCUCGGCUCACGUCCUCUGCUGCCGGCCGCCCUGGCCUUGGCCGCCCCAGAGAGCCCGGGAUCUGAGCUCAGGCAGCCGCCACGGCACCCCGCGCUGCGCGGGCUGCUGCUGCUCUGCCUGUGGCUGCGGAGUGGUCUCCCGGCCGGGCACGCAGCUGUCCAGCGUGCAGCAGCUCCUGGAGGACUUCCGCCGGCAGCUGCCGCAGGAGCAGCCACAGAAGAAGCUGGAGCGGGAGCUGUGCGCUGGCGGCCGCCCACAGCACUGUCCCGGGCCGGGCGGCGGCAGCUACAGCGUCAUGUCGGACGCCAUCAUCCGCAUCAAGGACUCGGUCGCCGCGGGCGCCAUCUUCCGGAGAGCCACGGCGGCCUUGCGGGACUGGCAGCAGUCCGUAGAGGCUUGCUGCUCUGAGCCGCGCUGCUCCGUGGCGGUGGUGGAAUUGCCCCGGCGGCCCGGGUCCCCGGCCCCCGCGCUCGGAUGUUACCUCUUCAACUGCACUGCGAGGGGCCGCAGCGUCUGCAGGUUCGCGCUGCACCGGGACUGCAGUAGCUACAGCCUCAGCCGCGCCCUGGAAGGGCAGCACCUGGGAGCUCGCGUCCCGGCCACCGCCCAGGCCUCGCCUCUACUGGAAAAGGAUGAGCCUCCCCUCAGCAAGGCCGGGCGGGACGGUCUGCCCGCAGGCGAGGUGACUUUGGAUGGCCGUGAGAGCACAGAUGACCAUGCCAUCGUCCGGUACGAGUGGGCACUGCUGCAGGGUGACCCCUCGGUGGACAUGAAGGUACCUGAGUCGGGAACCCUGAAGCUGUCCCACUUACGGGAAGGAACGUACACCUUUCAGCUCACUGUGACGGACACCGCCUUGCAGAGGAGCUCCGACAAUGUCUCGGUGACCGUGCUGUCCCUAGUCUUGUCCCCGGGAGGGUGCUCGUAGGCUUGCUCGCGCUACCACUUCUUCUGUGACGACGGCUGUUGCAUCGACAUCACACUGGCCUGCGAUGGAGUGGAGCAGUGUCCGGACGGGUCUGACGAAGCUUUCUGUCACAGCCUGAGCCUGGAGCAGAAGGCCGAGACUCACAUAGCGACUUCCCAGCCUAGAACCAGAGGACCAAGCAAAGAUGCAGCAGCCGCCUUCUUGCUGGAGAAGUCUCAGAAAGCCACGGCCCCAAACAGGCCACCUGCAUCAUCGGACACGGAGAAGAGGGAUCGUUCCACCUUUCGGGGACCAAGGAUUCAAACGGACCCCGUGAUGCCAGCUAAGGACUUGAGACAGGUUCUCCACAAAGAGCCUCAUUUUCUGUAA